AUGAAGGCUCUCAACGUCGAGGUGGGACAUUGCGUAGCAGUCAAAGAUCAUCCCGUACCGCCCGUCGGCGAUGAAGAUAUCCUGGUGACGAUAGUCUCUGUCUCCCAGAAUCCCACCGACUGGAAACAUGUCGACACCAUUGGCGUGCCCGGCUCGAUCCUGGGCUGCGACUUCUCCGGGUACGUUGUCAAGACCGGACACAACGUCACAACUCCGAAAGUCGGCGACCACAUUGCGGGUUUCGUCCACGGCGCUACUUUCUCAGACGAGGGAGCGUACGCUGAAUAUGUCAAGACUCCGCGCGAUUUAGUUUGGGUGGUCCCGGAGAAUACGCUCACCCACGACCAGGCUGCUACCUUCGGCUGCGCAUUCUGGACGGUCGCACAAGCGUUCUUCCACGAGACCCGCCUGGGUCUGGUCGAGCCUCCUGCUAAGGUAUCCGGAAAUGAGUGGGUAUUCAUCUAUGGCGGGAGUUCGGCCGUCGGUCACUUCGCAAUCCAGCUAGCCAAGGUAGCAGGCUACAACGUCGCGACCACUGCGUCACCGCGUAACUUCGACCUCGUAAAGUCCCUCGGUGCGGACGCAGCAUUCGACUACCGCGAUCAGGAGGUCGUUGCGAAGAUCAAACAGGCCACCGGCGACUCCGUGACCAAGGCGCUCGACGCGAUAUCGGACAAAGACUCCCAACGCAUCAGCGCGGAGGUCCUCGCGCCCGCCGGCGGCAAGGUCGUCCUUGUCUCGGGCCCCGAACCGGGUGCGACGGAGCGCAAGGACGUCGAGUUUAUCCCCGUUCUCAUCUAUACUGCGCUCGGACGUGCGUUUGACUUUGGGCCAACGAUGCAUUUCCCCGUCUUGCCCGAGGACCGUGGACAAAUGACCGAGUUUCUCAAGAAGGUGCCGCAGCUUGUGAAAGAUGGUGCUGUCAGGCCGCCCGCGAUUAAGCUCUGGGAGGGAGGCUUAGAGGCAAUCCCUAAUGGGCUGCAAUAUAUGCGCGAGGGGAAAGUCAGCGCGGAGAAGAUUGUUCACCGUUUGUAG